AAGUAGCCAGACAUUUUCAGAAGACCUUCGCGCUUUUCACGCGUUGCACGGCUGUUCCAACAUCCUUCAGUUUAAUGUAAAGCGUAGGGGGAUGUUUGUUACCAUGACAACCUAUUGGUCGAUAUAUGGCUCCAUAAUGUUCGAGAAGUUCCAAUCGUAACUACACGGUUAUGUGGACAGGAAGACAAGAAGCUAUUUUCUUUCCGUUUCUUUGACGUAUAUCUUCGUGCCUUUAUUACGUUACAUCAACUCGUGAAUUGAGUUUGAUAAGAGAAUCUUUAUAUUAGAAUUUAAAGUAAUGUUAAUGCAGCUCAAAAGGGUAUUUGUUCCGAAGGUGCGGCCGCUUCUGAGACGAUUCAUAAAGCGUGCGUUGCGACUGAUGCCUUCAAUUCUAGUUAUUCUUUUCGUCUUUUGUCUGAUUAUUGUAACAUUACUUCAGAUUACAGUUAUACACGUGUACAGACGCUCACAGUACGUACCACCACAGCAGAGUGUUUUAGUAAUUCCUUCCACAGUUGUUAAUCCCCAAAUUAAAAAAUUUGGUGUUGAUAAGCCAGAGACCAAUCUUACAUUUCAGAAGCUGAAGAAACCGCUGAGAACAGCCACUGCCCUGGAUAAUAAGGCUCCGUCCGUCGAUAAUAAUACGUUACUAGACGGAAUAGAACAUUCGGCUCGGUUGCGACAGAUUGUGAACGUAAUAUCCUCUCACAAAAGUAGUCGAAUAAGGACAAAAAAAAUAAAAGUAAAAAGAUUAGUGAAUGAAAAUAAUUCUGUUAAGCAUGUCAUCAGAAUGAGCAGAAACGAAACGUGGAUGGAUAAAACGUCUACACAAGCUGCUUCCUUAAAAUCUGACAAAGUGGUAGGCCACUCACGAAAGAAAAACUAUCAGAAUAGCCAACCUCGGAAGCAUUUUAAUUUUUCAAAACAUGGCACAGUAUUGUGUUCGGAAGUGCCUUCUGAUAUAGUUGGAAGAAUGAAUAUAACGCUUACAGUUCCAACAGAAAAGGACAUUCUUAAGAUUGCUAGCCAGCUUCAACCAGGUGGUGCUUGGAGUCCAGCUUCUUGCAAAUCACGACACCGUGUGGCUAUAAUCAUUCCUUUUCGAGACAGACAUGAACAUUUGAUGAUUUUGCUUUACCAUCUACACCCUCUUCUUCAACGACAGCAACUAGAUUAUACAAUUUAUGUUGUUGAACAAUUCGGAAACGACACCUUCAACAAAGGUGUUCUAAUGAACGCAGGAGUUCGAGAAUCACUGAAUGAAAGAAAUUAUGACUGCUAUGUUUUCCAUGACGUAGACAUGAUCCCAGAGGACGACCGAAACAUGUACUCUUGUCCUCAGCUUCCGCGACACAUGUCUGUUGCUGUUGAUAAAUUUCACUAUACGUUGCCAUAUUCGGACCUUGUGGGUGGAGUGUUUGCUUUGAAAACCAAACAUUUUCUACAGGUCAACGGCUAUUCCAAUCUCUAUUGGGGCUGGGGCGGUGAAGAUGAUGACAUAGCACACCGGCUAGAGAAGCAAGAACUGAAAAUAAUUCGACCACCUGCAUUUAUAGGAAGAUAUACAAUGAUAAAACAUAAGCACAGAGCCGAAUCGCCUAACGUAGUCAGGAGGGCGCUUCUACGCAUGGCUAAAAAAAGGCAGACUAAAGAUGGAUUCAACAGUGCGAAGUACAGCGUGAUAUAUAAAAACCAGUUACCUCUUUACACUCAUGUUAUGAUCAGUAUCGGACAUAAUCAUAGAUGGCGCUUUGAGGAUAAAAAUCGUAUAAUAAUAUCAUUUUGAUAAUAGGAAAUCGUAGACUUCUGUGAUGCAUAUAAUCAAUUAUUAGACUUGAUAUUCGAUUUCUUCAAGGUGAUGAUCCUCUGAACGCUGGAUGGCCUUUUAUUUUAUUCUUUGAAUACGUUCGUUGUUUUAUACAUUAUGAAGCAAAUAUCGAACAAAUUCAAAACUCGUAUCUUCCAUGAAUUUUGUAAUACAUUUUAAAUUAAAGGAUGUAGAGAAAAGUCAGUAAUUAUGUAAAUAAAGAAGAAAAAUUUUAACUGGAUG